AUCUAGUUUAACCAUGAUCACAGCAGGCACCCUGAACAGAUUAAUGUCACCUACAUCGUGUGAAGAUUCUGUCAGUUCUCAUCCUUUUUACUGAGGAGUGCCUUCUAUUCUCCACCAAGUUUGGCAUGAUUCUUUUUGUGAUGCAAUAAUCUGUAGAUAGUGCUCAUGAAAAAAUGCACUUAACGUAGAUCUGCUGGCCUUUUUCAUCUUCCAGAAAUGAACGGGACUUGAAAUCAUCAAUUCACAAAAUUUCUUGUUUCACCAUGCAGAAUCGUUCCCUUGAGCUUUAAAGUUGUAACUCUAAUAAAUGGAGGGAAUGUUUGAAGGAAAAAGCCCCCUGGAAUCGAUCUUCACCUUCCAAACUUGGUGCAGAAUGACAAAGUUAACUCCAAGAUCAAAGGCCUUUCAUACUCUUGUCAUCAUCAUUUUAUGCUUCAUCUUUUUACCAUUUUCAAGUGCCAGAUAUUUUGGGGACGUUGAGGCAUUAAUAGCUCUUAGAAACUCUCUUCUGCCAAAAAGAGAGAUUUUACCGAGCUGGUUUGAUUCAAAGAUUCCUCCUUGUAACUGGACAGGUGUAAAGUGUGAGGGUGCAGCUGUUUUUGACUUAGAUUUAUCUUGUACAUUUCUACCCUUGAAUCUUCCAUUUCCCAACCUUCUUGGAGAAUUCAGAUCCCUGAAGCACCUUAACCUCAGUCAUUGCGGCCUCACAGGUAGUAUUCCUCCAAAUAUUUGGAGUCUAGAUAAGUUGGAGACACUGAACCUGAGUGACAACAGAUUGGAUGGUGUGCUGCCUCCUACCCUGUCUAACCUGAAAAACCUGAGAGAACUUGUGCUAGAUGACAAUAAUUUUUCUGGCAGUUUACCAUCAACAAUUGGUCACCUAGAAGAACUUACUGAACUGUCAGUCCAUUCAAACUUAUUUUCCGGGAACCUUCCAGAAGAGAUGGGAAAUCUACAGAAACUGCAGUCCCUUGACCUCAGUGUAAAUUGGUUCUCGGGGAACCUACCUUCCAGUUUAGUGAAUCUUAGGAGUCUAUUGUACUUUGAUGCUAGUCAUAACAGAUUUACGGGACCAGUAUUUUCGGGAAUUGGAAAGUUGGGGGUGCUUAGGACUCUCGACUUCUCAUGGAACUUGCUGACUGGUCCUUUACCAGCAAAUAUUGGCAAUCUGAGAGAUCUACAAGCACUCAAUCUCCAGAGUUGCAGAUUCACAGGAAAUGUCCCUGAAGAAAUCUCUAAACUGACUAGCUUGACUUCCUUGAAUAUAGCUCAGAAUGAGUUUGAGGGAGAAUUGCCUUCAAGCAUUGGGAAACUUACAAAUCUAGUUUACCUCCUUGCUGCCAGUGCAGGACUGAGUGGAACAAUUCCAGCACAAUUGGGAAAUUGCAAGAAGCUGAGGAUUCUAAAUCUGUCUUUCAACUCAUUAGCUGGUCCACUCCCAGAUGGUCUUGCAGGGUUGGAGUCGAUUAACUCGUUUGUCCUUGACUCAAACCGUCUAUCUGGGCCGUUGCCUCAUUGGAUUUCCAACUGGACACAAGUAGAAUCUAUCAUGUUAGCGAAAAAUCUCUUUACUGGGCAUCUGCCACCACUUAAUUUGCCCUCCUUGACCCUUCUUGACGUUAGUACCAACAUGCUUUCUGGUGAGUUGAUUGCAGAAAUAUGCCAUGGCAAGUCUUUGGCCAUUCUAUUGCUAUCAGAUAACGACUUUGCUGGUACCAUAGACAGAACUUUCAGGGAAUGUUUCAAUCUCACAGAUCUGGUAUUGUCGGGAAAUGAUUUAUUUGGUGAAAUACCUGCUUAUCUCGGGGAACUUCAGCUGAUUACAUUGGAACUGUCAAAAAACAGAUUCUCAGGUGAGGUUCCUAUUGAACUGUGGGAGUCAAAAACCCUUAUGGAGAUAUCACUCAGCAACAAUUUGCUUGAAGGUCAGAUUCCGGUGGCAGUUGCAAAACUAUCCACAAUACAGAGGCUACAAUUGGAUAACAAUCUAUUCGAAGGAAAUAUACCAAGUUCCAUUGGCGAGCUCAAAAAUCUGACUAAUCUGUCUCUACAUGGCAACAAGUUGACAGGAGAGAUCCCCUUGGAGCUUUUUGACUGUACAAAGCUGGUGUCUCUUGACCUGGGUGGAAACAUGCUUACAGGCCCAAUUCCAAAAUCCAUAGCACAGUUGAAACUGCUUGACAACCUGGUGCUAUCGGACAACCAAUUAUCUGGUCCCAUACCUGAGGAGAUCUGCUCCGGUUUUCAAAAGGUGCCUUUACCAGACUCCGAGUUUGUCCAGCAUUAUGGCAUGCUUGAUCUGGCCAAUAACAAGUUAGAAGGACCCAUUCCCACAUCAAUUAAGCAGUGUAUUGUGUUAACGGAGCUCCAGGUGCAAGGAAACAAACUGAAUGGAAGCCUUCCUUCUGAGAUUUCUGGUCUGGCUAACUUAACUUUGCUUGAUCUCUCUUUCAAUUGUUUUUCAGGGCCAAUUGUUCCUCAGUUCUUCUCUAUGAGAAACCUUCAGGGGCUCAUACUUUCACACAACUGGCUAAGUGGCUCUAUCCCUGAUAGUUUUGGGUUGUCGAUGCCUGGUCUGGCCAAGCUUGACCUUUCAAGUAACAGGUUAACAGGUCCACUGCCAUCGUCCAUAUUCAUUAUCAAGAGUCUGUCCUACCUAGAUGUUAGCAUGAAUUCUUUCUCUGGACCAAUCUCUUUUGACCUUGGAACCUCUAGCUCUCUAUUGGUCCUAAACGCCAGCAACAACCUUUUUUCCGGCACCCUUCGUGACUCAUUGUGUAACCUGACCACCCUUUCUAUUCUAGAUAUCCAUAACAACAGAAUAACUGGUACCCUGCCAUCAUCACUCUCUACUCUUGCUGACUUGACCUAUCUCGACUUAUCCAACAACAAUUUCCAGCAGUCCUUUCCUUGCAAUAUUUGUAACAUAGAAGGCCUGUCAUUUGUCAAUUUUUCUGGCAACGGAUUCACUGGGCAUGUGCCUGAGACUUGCACCAAUGCUAAACCUUGCAUACCAGACCAGCCUGUUUUACCUUCCAGACGUGGUUACAGACCUGCACCACUUUUAAACCAUGCUUCUGUUCUGGGCAUUGCACUAGGUACCAUGUUCAUUUCCCUAGUCUUGCUUAUUGCUCUUCUCAAAUGGAAAAUGCCAAGAAAAGAAGCUGUGUUUCUUGAUGUGGGGAAGGGUAAGCUUGUGACAGCUAUUGAACCAGAGUCUACUGAUGAGCUUCUGGGAAAGAAGUCAAAGGAGCCACUAAGCAUAAAUAUUGCAACUUUUGAGCACUCCCUGUUACGGUUAAAUGCUGCUGAUAUAUUAUCAGCGACUGAAAAUUUCAGCAAGACUUACAUAAUUGGUGAUGGUGGAUUUGGUACAGUUUACAGAGCUGCACUGCCAGGAGGUAGAACAAUAGCCGUCAAAAGGCUUAAUGGUGGUCAUUUGCAUGGUGACCGCGAAUUCUUGGCCGAGAUAGAGACGAUUGGAAAGGUUAAGCAUGAAAACCUGGUCCCAUUGCUUGGGUAUUGUGUCUUUGCAGAUGAGAGGUUUUUGAUAUAUGAAUACAUGGAGAAUGGAAGCCUUGAUGUGUGGUUGAGGAACCGGGCAGACGCAGUUGAGGCUCUUGACUGGCCAACCCGGUUCACAAUCUGUCUGGGUUCAGCCCGAGGACUUGCCUUUCUGCACCACGGAUUUGUUCCCCACAUCAUUCACAGAGACAUCAAGUCAAGCAAUAUCUUGCUGGACGGCAAAUUUGAGCCAAGGGUAUCAGAUUUUGGCUUGGCUAGGAUAAUUAGUGCAUGUGAAAGCCAUGUCAGUACAGUACUUGCAGGUACAUUUGGAUACAUACCUCCCGAGUAUGGCCAGACCAUGGUGGCUACAACCAAGGGCGAUGUCUACAGCUUUGGAGUUGUGAUGCUAGAGCUUGUAACCGGAAGGGCGCCAACCGGACAGGCUGAUGUUGAAGGAGGAAAUCUAGUUGGGUGGGUAAGGUGGAUGGUUGCAACUGGCAGGGAUUGUGAGGUACUAGACCCGUAUUUUUCUACUUCAUUCAUGUGGAAGGAUCAGAUGUUGCAUGUUCUCGACAUUGCGCAGUUGUGCACGUUGGAUGAGCCGUGGAAACGGCCUACAAUGCUAGAUGUUGUCAAGCUGUUGAAGGAGAUUAAGCUGAAAACAGGGUCAUAUGGUGAUUGA